AUGGCAGGGUUUGUCAGCCCGCAGCAAUUACUGGAGCCUCCGCAAUCCCACGAAACGUUGAUCAGCCUACCCGACACAGACGGAUUCGAGGCGCUGCCAGCUGAGCUACGGAAUGAGAUAUACCGCCACGCACUCGUUGUCGAACCCUACAACAUCACGCUCAACGACCAAGGCCGUGCCCGAGCUUCUGAUGCGGAAAGAGAAGCCGCUCUCGCUUUGAGGUCUUUCGGUCUAAUUCGACGAAUCUUCACUGAAGCUAAGGCGCUCUUUUGGGCUGAGAACAAGUUCCGCGUCUCCGAUGACGGGGACUUCCCCACCGGCGCUGCACGUGCAUUUCUCAGAGCGAUUGGGCUUCCUGGACGAUCGUUGGUUCAGCACCUGGAGCUCGUCUAUACCGACCCGUCAGUCCCAUCAGUGUUCGCCCUCGCCACCGACCAUACCUCUUGCGAGUGGGCUCGUGGAUUGAUUUACAUAGGCACCAUGUUGAGACUGUGCGAAUCCAUCAAAUUCUUUCAUCUCGAUCUCGACCUUCGCCAGUUAGUCAGUAGGGAGGUGAGCACUGAGGAAAUCAAGUGGUAUCUUGAUCAGCUUUACCUGCGACCUAAGAACAAACUUUUGGCAGAGAUUCCCGCACGCCUCUCAUCACGAUCAUUUGCAAAGUCAAUCAUUAAUCUUAGACACAUCGAUACACUGCAAAUUCUAGAACUGACUUGGAAGAACUGCUCUCAGGGUGUCGUGGUCCCAUUCUGGGAUGAGAAUCGACAGAUCCUUGAAGAUGGUGUCACCAAGUACUUUCGCUCUCAAAUGAGGCCGGGUUGCAAGGUCGUGGUAAAGAAAUACGGAUAACUGCUUCUCCGCUGAAGACGACUACAUCGCCUGAGCAGUACUCCGAGUUCAUUCAAUAUGUUCUCGCAACACAUCAACAUACAGCGCCUUGCCACAAGUCUGCGCACACCCGUUCACCACUGCUUAGGGUACCUCCAUAGACUUGAAAAAUUACAUACGCGACUAAAAUUCAACCUCAUAGAAAACGAGCCGCCUUUUGACUCACUGGAUACCCGGCAGCUGGGCUACCCCUGACGGCGGG